AACCGGACACAGUGCGAGCUCCGUUAAUUCCGCUGCCCAUGCCCAAGAAACUGUACUUCUACAUCAAUUCUGAGAUCAAGUGGGAUCUAGAGAUGGCCAAGCAGAAUCUGGAUAUUCUCAUCAACGAUUUGGACAUCAAAUGUUUUAACUUCCAGCGCUUUGGAAAAGAGUUUGUCAAACAACUCAAGCUGAGUCCAAAUUCCUUCAUCCAGUUGGCGAUUCAGCUGGCCUACUACCGAGUUCACAAUGAAGUGUGUGCGGCCUGUGACAUCGCCUCUCUGAGGAUGUUCAGGGGAGGACGAACAGACUACAUCCGUUCUCCGACCAAUCAGAUGCUGAGCUUCAUACAGGCCUGUGAUGAUGAUGCAGUUUCUAGAGAAGCCAAGGUACAGCUGCUGAGAGAGGCUGUUGAUGCAUACAGCAUCCUCACUGAACAGUCGCUGAUGGGGCAGGGUAUAGACCGCCACCUGUUGGGACUUAAACUUCAAGCCAUUGAGGAGGGGCUUAGUGUGCCCAGAAUUUUCAUGGACACAGCCUAUGGACUUGCGACUCACUGGAAACUCCGAACGGGACAGGUAACUGUUGAUUUUAACUACAUUCAAACAAAAAAAAAUUCCUUAAUUUGUUUUCAUAAAAGCAAAAACAAAUACAGAAAUAUUUAGCAUGAAUGAGGGCAUAAAUUAUAUUUUGGGUAGAAAAAAUGCAAACUAAUUAGUACAAACUAAUUUUUUAUGUAACAUGUUAACAUGGCUUUAAAGACUGCAUGCUAUAUCUUUAUUUUGACCAUUUAUUGUGAUGUAACUGUAUACAAUUUUUAUGUUGCAAUAAUUGCUGAAGCUUUUAUCACGGUAUAUGGUAUUAUUACAAUAAUGAAAUGUUGCAAAAAAAAAAAAAAUCAUACUAUAAACAGAUUGAAUACCUUU